GGUGCUGCCCACACUUCUCCUUUGCACCCCUGUGGAACGGUGCAACCACCGAGGAGCAGGACCACCGCACGAAGGCAUCCCAAGGGCAGGGUGGGAGCCAGCAGGGCUCAGGGCUUGCCCACAUGGCCCAGAGCUUGGUUUAUGCUGACCUGAGGGUUGCCAAAGUGAUGGGGGGCCGGGGCAUGGCCAGCCAGGCGCUGGAGUCAGCCCUUGGCAUGGAUGUGGCAGAGAGCCCCUACGAGAACAUGAGGACAGCACCAGUGGCACAGGAUGGGUCUGAGGACCAGCCCAGCACAGGGCACUGGUCCUGUCGGUGGUGUCUCCCUGCAGGGCUGAUAGCAACCUGCCUGCUGCUGCUGGUGGCCACCGUGGCACUGGGGGUUUCCUACUGGCAGGUCACCCGCAGCCUGCGGGACGCCUCCCGGGAGCACGCGGCCGAGCAGGGCCGCCUGGAGCAGGAGCUGAGCGCCCGGGAGCAGCGCCUGGAGCAGACGCGGCUGGAGCUGGGGAGGGCCAGAGCGGAGCUGGGGCGCGCCUGGCGGGACGGCAACAGCAGCCGAGCGGCGCUGGAGCGGCAGGACAUGGAGCUGGGGCGCGCCAGGCAGGAGCUGGCCGAGCUGCGCAGGGAUGUGCAGCGCCUGCAGGGAGAGCUCAACAACAGCCAGAGCACCGUGGCCAGCCUGCGCGCCUGCACGGCCAUAGAUUGCUGCCCUUCGGGCUGGCUGCUGUAUAGGGGCAAGUGCCUCUUCAUCUCGUCGGAGAAGAAGACAUGGGAGGACAGCAGAGAUGAGUGUGAGAAGAAAUAUUCUCAGCUCCUGAUCACCAAAUCCUGGAGUCGCUGGACUGUGCCGACCUUCCUGAGGAACACAGACAUCCCAUACUGGAUUGGGCUACAGAAGAGCAUCUUCCCUUGGUAUGACUACGGCUGGCUGGAGGAAGAGGACCCCGAUGAAAAGGGGGUCUCGGACGCCUGGUUCUGGGUGGAUGGCUCCAUUUAUGAAAGGCCAUGGCAGUCGAAGUCAAACGGGUCCUGUGCCAUAAUAAGCCAUGGGAACAUCAAACCUGCCCAGUGCGCUGGUCCCGAUGACCUGCACCUCUGGAUCUGUGAGAAGGCAGCAGGGCCAAGCAACCCUUUCAUGGGAUAAUGGCUGCUGGCCCAGCAUCGCUGUGGUGAGUGUAGUGUGCCCAGGACAGGCUCUGUCAAGCCUAGGGAGAAUGGGGCACAU